CGGGCGUUCCCAACCCUCCUCCGAUUCCUUUUCUUCUCAUUUUCAUUUUCAUUCUCUAAACAUCUAAUCUUCUGUUAUACAGAGGCCUCCGUUCCGAUCAAAUACAUCACUGCUGCUCACGCCGCCACCGCCAGAUUCGUGAUGGGGAAAAAUGAGUUUCUCACACCUAAAGCAAUUGCCAAUAGAAUCAAAGCAAAAGGAUUGCAGAAGCUUCGGUGGUAUUGCCAGAUGUGCCAGAAGCAAUGCCGAGAUGAGAAUGGGUUUAAAUGUCAUUGCAUGAGUGAAAGCCACCAGCGUCAAAUGCAAAUUUUUGGCCAAAACCCACACCGAAUAGUUGAGGGCUAUUCUGAAGAGUUUGAGACAUCUUUUCUGGAGCACAUGAAGCGCAGCCACCGAUUCAGCCGUGUGGCAGCCACUGUAGUUUAUAACGAAUACAUAAAUGAUAGACACCAUGUUCAUAUGAACUCCACUCAGUGGGCUACGCUUACUGAGUUUGUUAAGUACUUGGGUCGAACCGGUAAAUGUAAGGUUGAGGAGACACCCAAGGGAUGGUUCAUUACAUACAUAGAUAGAGAUUCUGAAACCCUUUUCAAGGAGAGGAUGAAGAAUAAGAGAAUAAAGGCAGAUAUGGCGGAUGAAGAAAAGCAAGAGAAGGAGAUCAGGAAACAGAUUGAAAUGGCUGAGCAAAUGAUGCAGCUGCCUAAUCCUGAGAUUGAUCAGCCUUCACAAGUUGAGCCUCCAAGGGAACUAAUUAUGGAAGAUGGAAUUAAGAUAGGAUUUUCUCUUGGGUCAUCAUCAGCUAGACCAGUGGUCAAGGAAAAACGUGAGGCUUCAAGGGUGGUGUUUGAUGAGGUUGAUGAAGAGAAAUAUGAGGAAAGGAAUCGUGGAAACAAUUUGAAGAGGAAAGAAAGUGGCGGUGGAAAAUCAACUCUGGAUGAAAUGAUGAGGGAUGAAGAGAAGAAAAAGGAAAAAAUUAACCGGAAGGAUUAUUGGUUGCACGAGGGAAUUGUUGUUAAGGUUAUGAGCAAAGUUUUGGCAGAGAAGGGGUAUUACAAACAAAAGGGUGUUGUUCGGAAGGUGAUUGAUAAGUAUGUUGGGGAAAUAGAAAUGCUUGAAAGCAAGCAUGUGCUCAGAGUUGAUCAGGCUGAGCUUGAAACUGUGAUUCCCCAAGUUGGGGGUAGGGUUAAAAUAGUCAAUGGUGCAUAUCGAGGAUCAAUUGCUAAGCUGUUGGGGGUGGAUACAGAUAAGUUUUGUGCCAAGGUGCAGAUUGAGAAAGGUCCCUAUGAUGGUAGGGUACUUAAAGCCAUGGAAUAUGAGGACAUUUGUAAAGUGGCCUAGUGAAAUUGAUGGAAUCAUGGAAAUAAUAACUCUGGUUCUGUUUAGUUUCAUGACUUGGAGUGUUUGUUCGUAUGUAUCUUUCUCGUGUAUCAUCUCUGUUGGCACAAAUCGUAUUCAUUAUCUUGUAUUGGACAAAAUUCUUGAUAAUUUAGAAUUUUGACUAUAAUCAUUAAUCAGGGACAAAUCUAUAGAAUUUUUUUUUUAAUUUUA